AUGCCGCCACAGGGUAAUGCCGCUGCAGCCGCUGCUCUUUAUGAUCAAGCUGCCGGCGGCUCUGUGCCAAGUUCAUCCACUGAUGCUGGAGACGCCGUUAUGGCGCGGUGGCUUCAGUCAGCUGGCUUGCAGCAUCUUGGCUCUCCAUUUGCCUCAUCUGGCAUCGAUCAUCGCCUCCUCCCCAACCUUCUAAUGCAGGGUUAUGGAGCACAGUCUACUGAAGAGAAGCAGAGGCUUUUGAAGUUAAUGAGAAACCUCAAUUUUAAUGGUGAAUCUGGUUCAGAGCUGUCUACGCCCAACACUCAAACUUUGGGUGGAGUGGUAGCACCAGAUGGGUUUUAUUCACCUGAGUUCAGAGGGGAUUUUGGAGCUGGGCUUUUGGAUCUUCAUGCCAUGGAUGACACAGGGCUUUUGUCUGAGCAUAUGAUUUCAGAACCUUUCGAACCAUCACCCAUCAUACCUGGAGAUACUAGAGCAUUUGAAGAUGAUUUAUAUCCAACUAACAGCAAGCUUGAAAAAGAAGCAGAUGUUGACGCAUCAAUUUGUUUACCUAUGAAUGAAAAAGAGAAUAGCACAAGGGAGAAUAAUGUUGCGAAAAUUAAAGUCGUGGUACGUAAAAGGCCUUUAAACAAGAAAGAGCUUGCUAAGAAGGAGGAUGAUGCUGUAACAGUAUCUGACACUGCGUAUUUGACAGUCUAUGAACCUAAACUAAAGGUUGAUCUGACAGCUUAUGUAGACAAGCAUGAGUUUUGUUUUGAUGCUGUUCUUGAUGAGCAUGUUACUAAUGAUGAAGUAUACCGAGCUACAGUUGAACCAAUUAUUCCUACAAUUUUUGAACGAACCAAAGCUACCUGUUUUGCUUAUGGUCAGACAGGAAGUGGCAAAACAUACACAAUGCAACCUUUACCGCUCCGAGCUGCAGAAGACCUUGUUCGACAGUUGCAUCAGCCAGUUUACCGGAGUCAGAAAUAUAAAUUGUGGCUUAGCUACUUUGAGAUAUAUGGUGGAAAGCUGUUUGAUCUUCUUAGUGACAGAAGAAAACUUUGCAUGAGGGAAGAUGGACGGCAACAAGUUUGUAUUGUAGGAUUGCAAGAAUUUGAAGUUUUUGACGUUCAAAUUGUCAAAGACUUCAUUGAAAAGGGAAAUGCUUCAAGAAGUACAGGAUCUACGGGUGCUAAUGAGGAGUCCUCCAGGUCGCAUGCUAUCUUACAAUUGGUUGUAAAGAAGCACAAUGAGGUGAAAGAGGGCAAGAGAAACACCGAUGGAAAUGAGGCAAAAAGUGGGAAGGUUGUGGGGAAGAUAUCUUUUAUUGAUCUUGCUGGAAGUGAAAGAGGUGCUGACACUACUGAUAAUGAUCGUCAAACACGGAUAGAAGGAGCCGAAAUCAACAAGAGCCUUUUAGCUUUAAAGGAAUGCAUUCGUGCGCUAGACAAUGACCAGAUCCAUAUUCCAUUCCGGGGAAGCAAACUUACAGAAGUGCUGCGGGACUCUUUUGUAGGCAACUCAAAAACUGUUAUGAUCUCUUGUAUAUCUCCAGGUGCUGGGUCUUGUGAACACACGCUUAACACCCUGAGAUAUGCUGAUCGGGUUAAAAGUCUUUCCAAAAGUGGAAAUCCUAGAAAAGACCUGAUCUCCAGUUGUGUACCACAACCACAAACUAAUAAGGACAUUUCAUCUACAUCAACCCUUCCAGCUAGUGACCGUGCAGAGGAUUUUAGUAAUCAACGCCUAGAGAAACCAUUGGAUUUGGGCAGGAAACCAUUUGAAAUGGAGAGUAGUAUGUAUAGCUCUGCUGCUAUUGCUGACAAACAGAUACCUAGUAUUUCUUCAAAUUACCUAUCCAAUGGACGAGAAGAAAAAGGCAUUACUUCUAGUAUUUCUCCAAAUUACCUAUCAAAUGGGCGAGAAGAAAAAGGCAUUGCUUCUGCUUCAAUGGAGGAGAGGUUUGAAAAAAAGAACUCUUAUAAUGAUUCUUCCAGUCAAAAGACGUACUCUUACUCACAAAAUGAUUCAGAUGAGAAAGUGCAAAAGGUGUCUUCCCCACGUAGAAAAGGUUCUAAAGAUGAAAGGUUCGAAAGGCCUACAAACUUGAUGAAAAGGGAUAUCAAUGGAUCCGAUCCCUCGACUACAAGCUCCAAGCAGCAGAUCACAGGGAAUCACAGUACUGUUACCACUAGAUCUAGGCUUUAUGAAGCAGAAUCCGCUCCUGAUGGAAAUAUCAAUGCAGUACUUGAGGAGGAAGAAGCACUAAUUGCCUCUCAUAGGAAAGAAAUUGAGGACACAAUGGAGAUUGUACGUGAAGAAAUGAAACUCUUGGCAGAAGUGGACCAACCAGGAAGCUAUAUUGACAACUAUGUAGCCCAAUUGAGUUUUGUGCUUUCUCGCAAAGCAGCUAGUCUUGUGGGUCUCCAAGCUCGCCUUGCAAGAUUCCAACAUCGACUAAAAGAACAGGAGAUUCUAAGUAGAAAAAGAGUCUCCCGUCAGUAA